UUCCUCUACGACGCCGCGAAGGUGCGGGGCGAGGGCGACCCCACCCGCGCCGGGAUCUGCUGCUUCCACCCGCGCCAGGCGCCCCUUGACGAGCAGGAGCUGCUGUGCGGACAGAUCGCCGGCGUGGCCCGCUGCGCCCUGGAGAUCUCCGGCUCCCCGCCGGGACUCAUCCGGCUGCGGAGGCUCAAGUUCGCGCUGGAGGCGCAGGGCACCUACCUGUGGGUGCUGGGCUGCACCGCCGACCUCUCGGACCUCAGCUGCAGGCGGCUCCUGGAGCGGCUGGUCGGCCUCUUCCGCUUCUACAACGGGCCGGCUUCUCGGGCUUACCUGGAGCGCUCACCGGAGGAUCUGGACCGGGAGUGGGAACUGUAUGUGAACCACCUGCAGCAAAGCUCCAGUGACCUUCACCGGGUGUUUAACUCCCUCUGGGCCUUAGACAAAACCAAGGUGGACCCUUUGCUCCUGUUGAAAGCUGCCCUCAUCCUGCAGAGCUGCCAGCGUUCUCGCCACGUGCUGGCCGGCUGCAUCCUCUACAGAGGCCUGGUGGUCAGUACACAGCUGCCACCCGAGCUCACCGCCAGAGUUCUGCUGCAGAAGGGAACAGAGGAUGGAGGUAGUGGGCCGGAAAAGGGGGCAGUGCAGCUCAAAGAGGGUGGUUCCCUGACCACUUUUGGGCCAACAAGUUUACCGCCGGGGGUCUGUGUCAUACCUGUUUACCUCUUGGAGGACGAAGCAGCUGCCCUGCGGGAACUGCCUGUGGAAUGGAUGCCCAGGGGGUCCCAGAGGGACCUGGCUAGCAGCAAAGGCAGUGAGAUCCCCGCAGGAGGGGCAGACGUGGCCCCCUUGGUGAGGAUGGCCUUGUACAUUCACCACAUCCGGGGCCUGGUGCUGGUCCUCCUGGCCGAAGAGCCCUUGGUGAGCUCCACAGACCUCAUGGAGGACGUGUAUCACAGCAGCCUUGCCUCCCUGAACGGCCUGGAGGUCCACCUGGCGGAGACCCUUCCCAAGGGCCCCCUCACCUCGUCCAGGAGCACCUACAACUUUGCUCACUAUGACGCCGUCCAGAACAUCCUCACCACCAACGUCUUGCAGACCACGAGCCCUGAGGACCAGCUCUUCCUGCAGGCCACCGGCCUGAUCCACGCCACCUUUGAGCAGCUGCCCACAGCCUCUGAACUGACACUCAGAAACGCCGCCACGGCUGUCUACGGCUGCCGGAACGCCGUCCAGGAGAACUACUUUCAGCAGAGGGGUUCGCCGCCCUACAACUCAGGGGUGCCCAACCCCCGGGACAGCAUUGUCGGUUUGCCCGGCAAGGCCAGGCUGAAGCUGCUCAAGCAUGGGGUGAACCUGCUCUGAAGCCGGAGAGGCGCUCCUGGCGCAGAUCUCGGUGGACUCCACACCCAUCCAGGACUAUCUCCGUUUUGGCGCAGAGGCUUUUGAGCCCUGUCGAAUGCGCUUGGCCCACCGACUCCUUGCCGCGUCUCCCCCAGGUGUGCCCGCUGGUGGCUCUGCCUGAAGAAGCCGCGGCCUCUUAGCCAAAGCGAGCAGCAGUUCGGCUGCGGCCUCAUCUCGGGCCUUGCCCGCCCUGGGGUGUUCCCAUCUUCAGGCGGGGGGAGCGCCCCUCCACCCUCCCCAGUGCCUUCCGGGCCCCCUUCAGGCUUGGGAAAACGGGGGCUCUGGCACUGGCAGAACCUUUGGAAAGCGACUUGGCUCCAGGGCAGAGCACGACUGCUGCUCCCCCCACCAGAAGAAGAGGGGGGGGGAGCUGCAGCAGUUGAGGGCCUUCCUCCAGUCUCUCUGGAAGGUGCUUUCUGCAUGGCAGAUGGUGGCACUGAGGGCAGCCUUCCUCUGCUCUGCUUUCACCCACGCUGCUGCUGGCACUCUUCCAGGCUUUCCUAUUUCCGGGAGAGGCGGGGCUUCCCUAAGGGAUUCCAGCCCCUUCUCCUGCACUGAGAUGGGACUCCUCUGAGGAGCAGAAGGCCCCCCCCACUGUUCUGGAUUCUCUGGAAAUGUUUGUUCUGUAGAAAAGCAGCGGAGGGUGGGGGGUGAACAGGGAUCUGGGUUCAGAUGUAGCCUUCAGCCCAGAAUAAAGCUGCCAACUUCUGCUCUG